UAUUCACGUCUCUCUGUGAGGAAACGGACAAGAGUGAUGCUUUCGAGUUUAUCGAUCCCCAAAGCUCCUCAUGCUCAUCCUCAAUUCAGCAACUCCUCUCCGCUUAAUGGCAAACCUUUUCGAGCUUCACUCAUCUCUUGCGUUGGGGAAAUAUUUUUCUAGAAUGAAAAUUAGGAAAAAGUUGCUCUUUUAGCCACCUGUAUGAUUCAAAAUGGCCUUGGUGCCCGGUAGAGUUGCUCAUUGCUAGGUGAGAGGGAGCGUGGAAAUGGCCUCUUUGCAGAAAUGCAAGAGGAAGGCUGCUUGCAGCAUAUGCCACACUAGCAGUAGCAGGAGGAGCACUUCAUUACAAGCCCUUUUCGGUUAUGGUCAAAGCAAAUUGGAUUCCAAAGAACUGAGAAGCAUCAAUUGAAACCUACAGAUUUAUGAUGUAGGUAAACCGGGUAGUGUUAUUGGUGGAUGAUUAGCGGGGGAGCCAUUUAUUGUCAUGAAGAAUGCAGAGAGUAAUGGCUCAUCUAGUGGACCUUUCCAGUUGGAGUUGGGAAACCACAAUAGGGAUGAGAAUACUCCACAAAUGAGGAGUGGUGAGUUAGAAGAGAAAGGCACUGACAUUUGGAAACUUUUCAGAGAAGCUCAACAGAAUAUCUUGUACUUGAACAAGCAACGCAUCAUGGCGAAGGAAGAGCUUGAUAGAGUAAAAAGAGAGAAAAUUUCAUUGCUUGAUCGAAUCGAGCAACUAGAGAAAGCAAAGCUGAUUAAUACAAGAAAAGAUAAGUUCUCAAUCAGCGCCGAGUUACUAUUAAGGAUAGACGCUAUGGUUCUUACCAGUUUGAUUGGCAGCAAGGAGGCAUCAGAGUUUAGAAGGCUGAUCAUGGAUUCAAAUGUUAGUAUAGCUGAUUAUUUCUCUGAGAUAAUGCAUAAACAGGAUACGGAGCUUCUGGUAGAGCUGCGUCACUUCUCUGGGAAAAGUAGAAAGUCCGGUUACCACAUAAUCCACAUUUGUACUGAAAUGGCACCAUUGGUCUCAGUUGGAUCUUUGGCACUAUAUGUGACCGGCUUAUCUCGCGCCUUGCAAAGAAAGGGACAUCUGGUCGAGGUUAUCUUACCCAAGUAUGCUAGCUUAAAUUUAAAUGAAGUUCAUGGAUUACGAGAAGUUGAUGCGGAGUUCCAUUCAUACUUUAAUGGUCAACAGCGUGGAAACAGAAUCUGGACUGGGGUUGUCUAUGGCAUUGGAGUGACUUUCAUAGAACCUCUGUACUAUUCAUCAUUUUUCAGCCGUGAGAACAUAUAUGGCUACUCAAAUGAUUUUGAACGAUUCUCCUACUUCUCUCGCGCUUCAUUGGAUUAUAUAGUUAAAGCAGGAAAGCAGCCGGAUGUGCUUCAUAUACACAACUGGGAAACAUCUAUUGUUGGUCCACUGUUUUGGGAUGUUUUUGUAAAUCAGGGACUUGAAGGUACCAGGAUAAUGUUGACAUGCCAAAGCUUGGAGUCUCAGUGUGUAGAGCAACCUGAAAAGUUAGCCCUAUGUGGGCUUGAUCCUCACGGACUACAUCGUUCUGACCGUCUGCAAGAUAACCACAAGUCCCAUCUUGUCAAUGUUUUGAAGGCUGGAGUUGUUUACUCCAAUAAAGUUAUUAUAAUGUCAUCCAUGCAAACAAAAGGGCAGAUAAUUAAUGCUACGAUUCAUGGUCUGGAGCCCACCUUAACCAUACACAAAGGCUCUAGAGAUGCUUUUGCUUUGCUGCAACAGAUCAGUAGUCUCUUAGGUUUGUUUCUUCUCUGGUGUUUAUUAGGUUUUCAUUUGCUAAUACAGUUUGAUUGUAGGGACAAGUUAGUAGUUGCUCCUCCUGGAUUUGACAGUUCAGCUUGGGAUCCUUCAGUGGAUAAGUUUCUUCCACAAAACUACAGUGCAGAUAAUAUGAAGGGGAAAUCUACCUGCAAAGUCUCGUUGCAGCAGCAUCUGGGGUUGCAGGAGCAAGCAUCCAUUAUUCUCGUAGGAUGCAUCUUCUCAGAUAUCUCUGAUAUUGAACUGGAGAACCUCAAGACACUUAUUUGGAUGGCUUCAAGGAGAGGUGUUCAGUUUGUCUUCAUGGGCUCAGGUCAAACUCCUGGUUUAAAUACGGCAAUGGAAUAUUUUGAGGAGGAACUCAAGGAUGAAAACACAAGAUUCCUUAACAAAUAUGAUGAAGCUUUAGCACAUUUAGUACUUGCGGGAUCUGACAUCAUGCUAUGCCCUUCUUUUGAUGAUACAAUACUCCAAGUACCGCUCAAGGCCAUGAGAUAUGGAGCUAUGCCUAUUCUACUGAAUUCUACUGACAGAAAAUCCGGGCACUUUGUGGAUCGUGAUCUUGAGGGCAGCAAAUUCUCUGGUUAUAUCAAAGAUAACUUCACCAAUAUUCCCCUGAGCCAAGCAAUUGAUGAACUUAAGAAUAACCCAUCAAAAUGGGACAAGAAGAUUGUUGAUGCCAUGACAAAGGAUUUUUCGUGGGAUGCAGAGUGCUGUGACAUUCAUAUAUCCGCAUAUGCAGAAAUAAAGAACUUGUAAAGUAGAUUUUCUGUACAGUCAUGUAUUUAUAUCUUUGUCCAUGCCAUGUGGGUGCCUAUUGCAUAUAGUCUAGAGGAUGGUUUUUUUUUUUUAACUUGAGAAAAAAUGAUUAGAAUGCCUAUUCUUUUAGAGUCAUUGUUUUAGUCAACAGAUUAGGACGGACAUAAGUGAGGGCAUUGCCCAUUCUAACAAAUAAUUGAAUGUUCUCUCUAAUGAAUAAUUGAUAUGGAGUAUAUCUGAAAAAACAUAGGUUUUUCUCUCUUUCCCCUCUUCUAUGACACCCAUCCCCUGUUCCCCAGCCCUCCCACCUAAAAGAGAAAUUCAGAAAACAUUAAACGAAUAAAAAAAUGAAAUGAGAGAAGGUUAAUGUUGUUGAACAUUUUCCUUUACUUUGCCUUAUAACCCUUCUUUAUGCGUAUAGGACAACUUAUGUCAUCGUUCUUUGGGAUGAAUAGAAGUCUAAGCUAGACUAGAGGCAUUCUUUUUCCGCUGGUUAGCUAAGUUGAUAUUCAGAGGCAGUUUGCUAAGUUGUUGCAUCUUAUCAGAGCUCACAACUUGCUUUUUUUAUAAUGUUAGUUGGUGUGUGACAAAACUCGCUCUUCCCCCUCUCAUUUGUGUCAACAACUGAUAGUGCAAAUCUGUCAUUUCAGUCUGAACAGAUUUUGUACCAGCUGAUUUUCAUAUAAGCGUCUUCUGAAUUUUAGGCCUGCAGUAUUUUGUACCAGAUGAUUAAUCUUAUUUUCAAGCUUGUUAUCAUUAGAGCAGGAAGUUUCUUCGUGAAUUCUUAUUUGGUUUAAGUUAGGUUUUGGGGGAACACUGGAACAUUGUGCCCUUUUAAUUAUAUGCUAUAUGUUAUGUUAUCAAUUUGGUAAGAAUUCACUCUUUUGCUGGCUUGACAAUGGAUUGGAAUGUUGAUCUGCAUUUGUUGUGA